AUGGAGCCACGAAAACGAAACCAUGUGUGCAAGCGCAGAAAAUGGGAGGAGAUUCGACCGAUUUUCACAGAACUCUACCACUUCCAGAAGAAGAAGCUCUCCGAUAUCGUGGAGAUUCUAGGAGAGCAAGGGUUCCAUGCUAAGGAACACCAUUACAAGACACAAAUCAGAAAGUGGCGCCUUGAUAAGAAGAACAAGCAAUCCGAUAUGAUUUUCGCCCUUCAAAAACUGCGGCAGAGACAGGGAAAAGACACAGCUUUCCUAAUCCGUGGACAGGCUCGCUCCAGCGAAGAGGUCGAACACUACUGGAAGCGCAGCCGUGACGAUCCUGCACGAUUUUCUCCAGUCCCAAAAACCCCUGACGGCAUGGAAUAUGGCACCCCAAGCCCAUGUCCCGGGCGAGAGACUGGUGAGGCUGGAUCCCAGGUCCCCGCACAGGACGAUGCCGAUUCCUCGCCUUUUGUCGAAGACGAGGAUGUCGCUGCUGUCUUUCAGUACAUCAAGCGGGAUUGGAUUCGCGCUCCUCGAACUACCAUCUUACGCCUCCUCGAUUCUCCGGAACACUUGCGACCCUUAGAUCAAGCCUUGCAUCAUGCCAAGAUGGUCUUUCAGAGCCAUGUUGAGUUUGCAAAUUCUGACCUGCGUCUUGUCUCCGGGCGUGUAGGCAUCGGAGCUCUGAUUAGGUUCAUGAAUCUUGCCGAGAAUGCUUUGGUGGCCAUGCAGUACGGUCUCUCUCAUACUAUUGUAACAACUGUGCUCCUCGACAUGUUGGAAAGCAUUCCACAUGUGGGGAAAUGCAACUUUAUGGAUGCAACGGUGAGAUUUCUGUAUGUCAUCGCUGGUUACGCCAUCGGAGGACAGAUGCGAGCGUCAAGAUUGAUAAGGACGGCACAGUGUGAGAUUGUGAACAGAGUCGGCCACGUUUACGGUGACGAUCAUCCGGUGCCGGUUAUUUUGAGGGCCGCAAUCCGAUCUUGGGAGGACACAGCCGCAACGUCAGAGAUGGUUUUGGCGGCUGGGAAAGACAUACUAGGACGGCACCUCGGACAUGACCACAAUGACAUGGAAGAGGUGCUCGGAAGCCUCUGCGACGUUGCUCGGAUGUCUGGCGAUGUCAAUGCUUCACUGAAACACGCCAACGAGCUAUAUCAGAUGACGCUUUGGAGACACCGAAGAGACAUGACCCAAGCCAGCCUCUUAGCGGUUUUGGACUCUCAAGUUCAAUUAGCCCGUUUACAUGCAUUAUCCGACGACUUUGAAGAAGCGGACCGCUGGAUCGAAGUUGGCCUCCGAGGUUGCUCCGAGGUAAAAGAUACACCAACUCGAGAAUGGUUCGAAGCCUCGUUCAUAUAUUACAGAGGCUUGACGAUGGAGAAGUCAGGUCAAUGGUCCGCGGCUUUCGAGACUUUUAAUAAAGUCAUUUAUCUGAUGAUGCGACGGUAUGGGCCCACAGAUCAUCUCGUUACACUGGCUGCCCAACAAAUGAGAUGGAUACAGUCGCACCUGGCUGAACAAGCGCAGAGUCUGAGUGCGACAGAAGGAGAUUAUCACAGCGGAAGACGAGAGGAUCCCUGGAUUGCCGGUCAGGAGGAAUCAGGUAUCGACCGGCAAUCACAAUCUUUGGGUGAUGGGGAAGUACUGCCCUUCACCCCUGAAACAGCACUGCCUUCCGAGGAUGGAGGUUCACACCUAUACACGAACCAACCGUCGACCCAGCCCUGGACAACCGGGCACGUCGAAGAAUGGACGGAUGAACGAAUGGAGGACCAGUGGGACAGCCAAGUUCCAGAGCCACAAGCAGAAGAAGGACACUCGUGGAUGGCUUGGACGAAUGACGACGGAGUCGAGUGGACAGGCUGA